CCCGAGUCGGGAGGGCGGGGACACAACGUUCCCCGGUGCUAGCGACAUGUGGCUGUCCCGGGACGGUCUCGUGUGGCAACUCUGGUGGAUUGUCUUCACCCACACGGCGGCGGGGCACAGGAAACACUGCGUGCACGUGCACCCUCGCCCGGACCAGGUCAUCCACGGUGUGCACAUCGAGCCGCACCACGUGAUGCGUCGGCGCGCCGUGGACCAACAGCUGCGCGUGAAGCUCAGCUACGACCGCAGCGUGUUCAGGUUAAGCAAGGAGAAGUUCGAUCUCAUCAAUAACACCGUGCUGCCCCAGGCGGUGCAGUACUGGGAGAAGGCGCUGAGGGUGCGCCGCGUACAGGAUGUCAUCCGCCUCAACAGGAAAUGCCGCGAUAAUCAAGUGUUUUACAAGAAAGGCGACCCGCUGCCAUACUGCAAGAACGCGUGCGAAGAGCAGACCAUGUGCGGGGAGGUGGAAGUUCCCAAAGACCACCUGCAGGCGUGCCGCGUCUGUAACGCGUUUGGCCAGAACUGCCGGGUGGCGGAGGAGCCGAGCGGCGAGGGGCUCACCGGCGCCGACUUCGUGUUCUACAUCUCAGCCCUGGAGACGGACCGCUGCCACCGCGGCAUGACCGUCGCCUACGCCGCCCACUGUCAGCAGGAGGCCGCGCUGGACAGGCCGAUCGCCGGCCACGCCAACCUCUGCCCGAGCAGCAUCUCCACCAAGCAGCAGGAGCUGCAGACGCUCAUCUCGACGGUGAAGCACGAGAUCCUGCACGCGCUCGGCUUCUCGGUCAGCUUGUACGCGUUCUUCCGCGACAAGAACGGCGACCCUCUGACUCUGCGCGGCGAGACGGGCAAGCCGCAGCUCAACCCCGGGCUGCAGGCGCGCCAGUGGUCCGAGCGCAUCAUCAAGACCUUCAAGCGGACCGAGUGGGUGACCUCGGAGGGCAACGUCACGCGCACCAUCCAGAUGGUGGUCACGCCGCGCGUCGUGGAGGAGGUGCGGCGCCACUUCAACUGUCCAGAGCUGGAGGGUGCCGAGCUGGAGGACCAAGGCGAGGAGGGCACGGCGCUCACACACUGGGAGAAGCGGCUCUUCGAGAACGAGGCCAUGACGGGCACGCACACGCAGAACCCGGUGUACUCGCGCCUCACGCUGGCCCUCAUGGAGGACACCGGCUGGUACCAGCCCAACUACGAGCUGGCGCAGCCGCUGUCCUGGGGACGUCGGCUCGGCUGCCAGUUCGCCAUGAACAGCUGCAAACACUGGAUGGACAUGCGCGCCGCCAGGAACCAGUCCCUGCACCCGUUCUGCAAUAAGGUGAAGCGCGACCCGCUGGAGACGGAGUGUACCGAAGAUCGCAUGUCAGUGGCGCUCUGCAACCUGGUGGAGUACCCGGACCGGCUGCCCAUGAGGUACCAGAACUUCGACCGCGUGCCGCAAGUGCCGUCCGCCCGGACGGGCUACUACGGCGGCUCGGUGAUACUGGCCGACUACUGUCCCUACAUCCAGGAGUUCACCUGGAAGUCCAACAACGUGAUCGUGCGCGGCUCACACUGCUCCUUCCCCGAGAACAACCCAUACGAGGACCGCAACUUCGCGCUGGAGCGGUACGCGGCCAACAGCAAGUGUUUCGAGCACACCCGGUUGUGGGAGGAACGCACGUGCCAGAAGGUGCGCCAGUGGCAGCACUGGGGCUCCGGCUGUUACCAGCACGCCUGCGUGGCCGGCAGGGUGCACGUGACGGUCACCAACCACACGUACACGUGCUUCCAUGCCGGCCAGGAGCUCAACAUCAGCCUGAUGGCCAACUCUUGGCUGCACGUGGGCGCUAUUCGCUGCCCCAAGUGUUCAGACAUCUGCCCGACGAUGCGGUGCAAGCCGGACCAGCCGGUGCCGAAGACGGUGCGGUACUACGCCGACAGCCUGAUGUGCGCCGGCGCCGAGCCGCAAACCUCGGCCGCCGUGCUGGCCGCCUGGGCGCUGGCGCUGGUAUGGCACUGACACC